AGUGCCCGGCAGCCGUGGGGACGCAGGCGUGGGCCUGCUGCACCUGCCAGGGAUCGAGAUUAGAAGAGGAGUCAUGUCAGAAGAAACAGUUAAGGAAUCACAGUUUUCCUUGAAGACAGCGGUGCUAAGAGUGUUUGAUCUUCCUCUGUCUUGGUAUUAUUCGCUCUCCCAGAUCAAAUUUUCCCCAGUGGCUCGAAAAUUGUUUGUGGUAACCGCAGUGAGUGCUGUAUCUGUAAUUUUUCUGGCCCAUCACUUUAAAAGAAGACGUGGAAAAAAGAAAGGAAAAAUAUUACCAUGGGAACCAGAGCACCUAAUACUUGAAUACACUAAAAGAUCAGCAUCAGAGAAAGGUUCAAGUUGUUCCAGUAGUAGACAGAAUUUGACAUUAUCUUUAAGUUCUGCCAAAGACAAAGGAUCUCAAUCUUACAACUAUGUUAAUGGAGGACUUUUCAGCAAAUAUUCAGGUUCUGCGCAGAGUUUGGCCUCUGUCCAGAGUGUCAAUUCUUCUCAUAGCUGUGCUUGUGGCAAUUCUAAUUCCUGGGACAAAGCAGAUGAAGAUGAUAUUAAACUUGUUAAUAUUCCUGUGACCACUCCUGAGAACUUAUACUUGAUGGGCAUGGAAUUGUUUGAAGAAGCAUUGCGUCGAUGGGAGCAAGCUCUAACUUUUCGAAAUAGACAGGCUGAAGAUGAAGCCUGUGGUUCCAUUAAAUUGGGUGCAGGCGAUGCCAUUGCUGAAGAAAGUGUUGAUGAUAUUAUUAGUACAGAAUUUAUCCAUAAACUUGAAGCACUACUGCAAAGAGCGUAUCGUCUCCAGGAGGAGUUUGAAGCUACUCUGGGGGCAUCUGAUCCAAAUUCCUUGGCUAAUGAUAUUGAUAAAGAUACAGAUAUCACCACGAAGGGGAAUGUGGAUGACUUUGGCCUACGAGACACCUUGAGCAUCGCAUCAACUGACUCCUUUGCUUCAGCAGCAGAGCUUGCAGAACACAGAGAAGUGCGGCAUACCUACAGUCUGGAGUCCCUUUGCCAUUGCCCUUUCUAUGAAGAAGCCAUGCACUUAGUUGAAGAAGGAAAAAUUUACUCACGAGUGCUUAGGACUGAGAUGUUGGAGUGCCUAGGAGACAGUGAUUUUCUUGCCAAACUUCACUGUAUUCGACAGGCUUUUCAGGUAAUUCUUUCAGAAACAGCCAACAGAAUAUUCCUUGCUGAGAGUGGAAGGAAAAUUCUAUCAGCAUUAAUUGUGAAAGCAAGAAAGAAUCCAAAGAAGUUUGAAGAUGUUUUUGAUGAGAUGAUCUAUUUUUUGGAGCAGACAGAUCACUGGGAUAGUACUGAAAUGGAACUUGCGGCUAGAGGAGUGAAAAAUCUAAAUUUUUAUGAUGUUGUCCUGGAUUUUAUAUUAAUGGAUUCCUUUGAAGAUUUGGAAAAUCCACCUACAUCCAUACAAAAUGUAGUAAAUAAUCGCUGGCUAAACUCCUCUUUCAAAGAAACUGCUGUGGCUUCAAGUUGUUGGUCAGUGCUGAAACAGAAGAGGCAACAGAUGAAGAUCCCAGACGGAUUUUUUGCCCACUUUUAUGCCAUCUGUGAACACAUCAGUCCUGUUCUAGCCUGGGGCUUUUUGGGUCCUAGAAAUUCUCUCUAUGAUUUAUGUUGCUUCUUUAAGAAUCAAGUUCUCUUCUUUCUCAAAGACAUUUUUGAUUUCGAGAAGGUGCGCUAUUCCAGUAUAGAGACUUUGACUGAAGAUCUCAUGCAGUUACUCAUUCGUCGCACUGAACUUUUAAUCGCCUAUCUUGGAGCUGAUGCACUGAGGCACACAAGUAGUUGUAUAAGUAGUCAUGGUCAUGUUAUGCCAAGUGGCCUAGUGGAAGCCAAAGUACAAUAAGUACCAUUAGAAUCAUAUAAUUUGAAUGUGCUAUGAAAUAUUUUAAGAUAACUUGAUUUGUAACAUGUUAUACAAUCUAUAGAAUUGGUGUUAAUGGACUCAGGGAGGGGGAUAAAUUCUAAUAAAGAACGAAGGACUCCACUAUACUUACACAGAAUUCUUUCACAGAUUCCCUGUGUAGUGUCUCCAAAGCGACUUUUUACAAUUGUUAGGUAGUGAUUUAAAUGGUGAAAUGUGGGUUUUACAGAAAUACUGCUUGAUUUGAAGCCAGUACUUGGGAAUUAAUUGAGUCGUUGUCUUGAAGCAAUGUGAAAUGUCUGGUAUCGUUCUCAAAAACUCUGCUAUAAAAAUACCUUUGCACCUUGAAAAUGUACACUUUAGCAAAGACCUUUGUGGCUCACACAUACAAGAAUAUAUUACCCCUAGUGUCAACAAACUUAACUCUGCCUGAAAAUUUAUUUUUGACUAUAAAGUUAUUCAUUUGUCUAACCAAGUUUAGGUGAUAGUGGCAUUUUAUAUGUAGUGCUAACUUUAUUGCUUGUGCAUUUGUUUAUGUAUUUGAAUCAAAGAUAUUGUAAUGGCUCAGUAUAGUUAUAAACAUUUAAGUGAAUUGACACUGAGAAGUUUACAUGUUACAAGUUUACAUUAGAUUUGCUGAAGUUUCCAAAAUGAGUUACUGUGUUGGAACUGUAAGUUACAAUAGAGACACUCACAGAUUAGAGCAUUUUUCCCUUUACUAAAUAUAGAUUUUAAAAAUAAGUUAUUAACUAUGACAGGCAAUUAAAAUUUUUUCUGUGUAGUUUUGGGACUGUCUCCCAACAUCUGAAAGUAUUAACCUUAGUAGAGUAAAAUUGUUUCUCCGUUUUCCUUCUGCAAAACUGGCUUUAACUUAUUCACACAGAUAACUUAGCAUACUGGAAAUUUUGUCAUAGUAAGCCCAUAUUUUUUAAAUAUUCAUACUUUGAAUCUUACUGAGGUUUUGAAGAAGGUUCUUUCCUCUAAAUAUAAAGCAAACUAUUUUUAAAUGGUAUGGGAAUGUAUUUCAUGUCUUUUAUGGUAAUUAUGUGAACAAAAGGGUUGUUCAUAUGAGUGAGGUUAUUCAGAAUAUACUAGAUAUUUUCAGAAUUGUAUUAGCUUUGUGUCUAAAUCAUAUAACACUUAUUUGGAGUGUACCGAUAAGUUAAACUUGUUGAUUUUGUUCCUAAAGUGGGCUGUGUUUAUUCCGGGAGGGAGUUUACAGAAGGAGCUAUAUUUUCUAAAAAUGCAUUUUUAGAUUAAAGUGCCUAGUUGCUGAUUUAUGAAUCAAAAGUGAAAAAUGGGGAGGAAGAAGGAAGCAUAAUGUUUUAAGUUUGUGUAUGAGCCACACUUAUGUAAUAGUUACAAAAUAUGAGAUUCAGAAUCUCUAUGUUGCUUACAUGUACUGUGUUCCAUAAUUUGUAGAUUAUAGCAUUGUACAAUAUGAAGUAUUAUGCUAAUAAGUUUUGAGUAUGUAACUCCUUGAUUUUUCUUAUAUAUAUAUAUUCUUAAUUUAACAAUUAACUAUUCAUAGUUCUAAUUAUUGGUGGAAGAGUAUUAUUAGAAGUAUCAGAGCUAAGAAAUCCUUUAUGUAAUGUUUUACCUUUUAUUUUAUAUCUUGUAUUUAUUGGGUUUUUUUUAGCAUCUUUUUGAGGUACACUGGUUUGUGUAAUUCACACACACACAUACAUAUGCACAUAUACAUACAUACACACAUGCCCAUUACCAUGUUGGCAAGACAGUUAUUGCUUAUAUUUUCCUGUUUUGGAGGCUCAAUAUUUUAAGCUAUAGUUUUAUAAACAAAGCUUAAGUCCAUUUAAUUAUUUAUUUAAGGAAAAUAUUGUUUGAUCUAUUUUUGAAGAAUUACACUAUUUAAUAAUGCUGCUACUACAUAAGAUAUCUCUGGGGGAUUUCUUCAGGUAAGAUGAGUGGCUUUCCAGAAGGCGUUUUUUCUCUUUUACAUUUCACCUUAAGGGGAAAAAAUCGAAAAAGAUAUUCAAGAGGUUGUUUUGUCAAAAAUCAGCGCUUGAGUUUGAUAAAUUUCUGGUUAGUUCAGUAACUAACUACUUUAGCAAGAAGCUUUCUUUGUGACCUUUGACAAGAGACAAGAAUGAUGAAAAAGAACUGCAAGGCAAUAAAAAGAGGGAAAAAACCUCCCUAUUGGUAAGGAAAUGCCUUGAUCUUUUUUUAAAAAAAAUCUUUAAAAUGUUUCUGACCAUAGAAGAUUGCUUAAAACAUGUACCAAUUUUACUUUUCCUUGAAUUCAGUUAAAUAGCUAAUGCAGUAUUUUAAAAAUAUAUAUUAACCUACUCUAGAACUUUUUAGUGUAAAUCCUUAGCAUUUAAAAUUGUCACUGUCACUUGAAUCCUGCCAUCUACUUCCCUAAGGAAAUUUAAGUGGGCCUUGAAUUAGUCUUGAGAAAAUGAUGUUUUUUCUUGUUUUCUGAGAAAAAAAUUCAGGUGGUAACAAUUAUUUCUACUUUGGUUUCUCGACCUUUUUGUUAACUAAAGUUUUCUAAGGCUACCAAUUAAAUGUCAACUAGGAAAAUAAUUAUUAAUUAGAGAUUAAUUAAAUAUCAGACUAGCUUUUAAGAAAGAAGCCAAGUUUUUCAUACUGUUAAUAGUUAGCUCCAAAGAGGUUUCUUUUUCAAAAAGGUAUACUCUUUGUUUGCACCCAUUUACUAUAAUACUAUUAAUUUGUUGAAAUUGAAUUUACCAAAAAAAUUUACAAACUUUUUCUUGCCUUAAAAUAUAAAAUCUAUUUAAAUUAUCAAAGAAGUGAUUAUUUACAUUACAAAAGAGUUCUUUAUCAUACCUUUAAACCUAUGAAAUAGGAAUGCCAAAGUUACUCUUCAUAUACUUUUCUGUGACCUUUCAUAAUCACAAUUAUGUUACUAACAUAAUUUACAUUAAUGUAAACACAUACUAGGAAAUUAUUUCAAAUAUACAUUUCAAAGUGAUUAUAAAAAUUAAACUGAAUACAAAUCUUUGGAUUUUUGCUUGGAUUAAUCAAAUUUAGAAAUAUCUCUGUAUGUGAGACUUAAAAAUUGUAUAAUCUGUGAUUAAUAGAAAUAAGGACAUCUUUUCUUUGUUCCUAAUGAUUAUGUUUUUACCUUGCUUAGUUUGAGAACUACCAUGUAUUAGCUUUACUUGACUGUUAACAAUAGACAUGACUUACUUCCUAAAUGUAAGGAUUGCAUUUAUUUAUGUAAAAGUUGAACAUUACCAUAGCAGAAAAAAAAAAUCAAUUUAUCCAAAACAAGCACUGUAACAUGGAUGUAUUUCAAAGUACUGCCAAAUAAAAAAGAAAAAAGUGAUGGUGUAGCUUGCUAUUAUAUUGACUAUUUUACACAGCACAGUAUGUUUAGGGUCACACUUGCCUCAUCAAACCUUACUCUAUGAAAGCUUCCAGGUUCCAUAAGAUUGUAUAUACAGACCUAAUGAACACACAGCUGCAGGGCCACUGAGCUCAAGAGCAGAAGUGUGUUUCAUUUAUGUGCAAAGCUAGGAGAAAAGAGUUUUGUGAUGAAAGAAGUUAAAGUACUUGUGUUGACUAAUAAAGUAAUCAUGCCAUGAAACAUUAAAUUUACCACAUUGAUAUACAUCUCUCCAUCUCUAUUCAUCUUCCUUGGGAAGGGUUCAGAUAUAUUUAAUCAAAGAGGGGGAGGCUGAGUGGAUUCCACUGAGAUGGCUAGAAGCAUUUAACCUGGAUACAAAAACAUUAUUC